AUGCCGAUCACCUGGACCAACCCAGAGGUACUCGAGCGCCUGUUCAUCGCAACACUCGCAAGCUUCGAUAACAAAGUAAACAUCCGCGAAAUCGCCACUCUCUACGGCGGCGAAAUGACCUACGACGCGCUUGAGAACCGGAUGCGCAAGUUCAAGAAAGCGGCUACUGCGCUCAAGGACGAGGCUGCUGGUGGUGGUGACGGUGCUGGUGCUGCGAAGAGCCCGGUCAAGACGCGCGCGAAGAAGGGGGGUGGUAGUGCUAGUCCGGUUAAGGGUGCUGUCAAGACCGGUCGCGUUACCAAGAAGAAAGCUCCGGCUGCUCCCAAGAUCAAGCCUGAGCCAGUCUUUGAGGACGAGGAGGGUAUUCAGGGUCUUGUUGAGGAGGAACUAGAGGCUGGUGAAGAGGUCAUUGACGAGAUUGAGGAGGAGGUCUAG